AUGUUAAAAAGUUAAUCAACAGAACUAUUUGUCAGUCCUGAGGAAUUACAGAGAAUCACAUUCUUUGCCACUCAGAAUCAAAGAAACAGCCAUAAAUCCAAUAUCCCCGCUGCCAAACAGGAGGAAUACACCUUUAAGCCUCAGGUAAGAAAUAAUGGGACAAUUAAUCGUAGAUCAACAAGAAAUCAGCCACCAUCCAAAGAACAGUUGAUGAUCUCCUAAGAUGGAAUGAAAGGAAAUCACAAAGAUUGCAACAGUGCUAUGAUGAUACUGUAAAUGUGCAUCCCAAUCAAAUAGACAUAAGAAUUGCAAUAGAAUGCCAACCGCUUGACACACGAAGUUGACACAAAUUAGCCGAGUGUUUUCGAGAGAUUGUAUGUAGUAAGGAAGAGUAAUGAAACCAUUUAAUAGACCACCAAGCGUAAUACCUCCGACUCGCAUCCUUACUUCACCAAGAAUAUGUCCAACACACUUUACUCUGAAUACAAAAAGUAAAUCAGUGGCUCUCCAGAAUAACAAGAGAGUGAAUAUCAACAAGUCUAAGAAUAAGAAGUACCAACUCCCCAAAAAGCAUGUCUGCCCAACAGAUUCUAUUUUGAUCAAUCAGAACAGCAACAAAAUACUGAACCUGAGCCCAAAGUCACAAUUCCAUAGCACAUGUUUGUAGAUUUUAGAUAACAAAUCAAAUAGAUUAAUGAGGAACCAGAACCAGUACCUUCCAAAAAGCCUUUGAAUAGGAAAGAGAUAGAUCUCAUGGUGGAAAGAAUGAACAAUUGGCUUCAAAAAAGAAACUAUAAGGUCUAAGAACAAUGGGAUAGACAAAUCCAAAAUGAAUCCAACGAAUGUACUUUCUAUCCAAAACUUAGCUGCGUCAAACAACCAAAAGCACAGCAAUCUAUACAAAAUUCUCAAAGAGUUUCAUAACAAUCCUCAUAUUCCAAUUUAUUCAAAAGCAAGAACAAUUGA